AAUAAAUUAGAAUGUACACACCAGAGCCGUAGACAAUGCACUACAAAAUCAGGAGUAGAAGUCGCGACACUUCCAAACUUAAGUGAUUUAAGCAAUUUAAAGUAGAUUGAUGGCUAGAUCAACUACCGAUAGUAGUAGCAGUGGGAGUAGCAGCAGCUCUUCUUCUUCUAGUUCAUCAAGUAGCAGUAGCUCAUCAGGAAGUUCUUCCAGCAGUGGAUGCCACUUCCAUUAUGAGAUCGGAGACAAAAUAGACAAAUAUGUGAUAACGAAAUAUUUAUGUUCGGGCACAUUCGGAAUGGUUUUAGAAGUGAUUGACCAACAGGGAAACCCAUAUGCUGUGAAAAUCUUGAGCGAAACUGAUCAUACAGAAGUGGAUGUCUUAAGAAAAAUCUAGUUACUUGACCCCUUCGGUGAGGCGGGUAUCGUCAAAUUCUAUGAUUACUUCACUUGGUAGGACUAUCAUUGUAUUUUACUUGAAAGGCUUGACAUCAAUCUCCAUGAUUACAUCCAAUCACAUACACUCAACAUUAAGGAAAUCCAAUCAAUCUUUAAAUAAGUUACUACCUCACUAAUGUUUAUGCAUUCCCUCGGAAUCACACACACCGAUCUUAAGCCCGAAAACGUUGUUUUUGCCAAUCAACAAAAGUACCCAGAUCAAUUAAAUGACUAAGAAAUUUAGUUAAACUAAUAGACAUGGGAGGUGCCACUCAAGCCAAUGAACAUCACAGUACCGUCAUCAAUACUAGGUAAUACAGAGCACCUGAAGUCAUCAUGCGAUGCGACACCUGGGACACCCUUCAAUAGAAUUAUACACUGGUAUAUACAAAAAACAAACCUCAAUAUAGGAAGAGUUUUUAUUAAAGUAGGCAAUAACGAUUUAAUGCAUCUGGCUAUCAUACAAUCUAUCUUUGGACCCAUUCCCUCGUACAUGAAACAACGUUCCAAAUUUAAAUCCAGAUUCAACUCUCUUCCAAAAGUCUAGAAUUACAAAUAAUUACAUCAAAUUAUAGAAGAUCAGGAUCUUCUUGAUCUUCUUAAUUUGAUGUUUCAAAUAGAUCAUCAUCGUAGAAUUAAUUGUAAACAAAUUCUAGAACAUAAAUUCUUCUUAAAAACUAUAUUGAUAUUUUGAUUUAUAUUAUUUGUUUAAUUAACUUCACUUUAUUCUAGAAA